AGACACCCCAUCCUCGAUCUAAUUGAACACGUAGAAAAGGAAUGGGAUGCAAAACUCGUACGAGCCAGAAAAACACUACCCGAAUCCGUUCGUGAGCACCACCGCAGAUACUCAAGAGCACCUCCACCAGGCUUCGAUGGAUGGUGCGCU